AGAUUUAUCCGGAACUUAUAUGCUAUGUUACGAUUGGUUCUAUCUUUUAUUUUUUGUGGACAUGUGCUAUCCUAGAUGACUGUGUUCAUUGCGUAUUAAACAUAUGAAGCAAAUAGACAUCGUUCUUAUUUAUGAACACAGUCUCAUCGGCACCGGAAGCAAACAAGUCUACUUUCACUUUCAAUAACAACAAUGCCAAAAAUCAAGUGUCCCAUCCCCGACUGUGAAUAUGAAACUGCAGACCUAGAAGCUGCCAUCGUGGCUUCCCUACUUACAGUUCACAGCACCAUCCACUCAUCUUUAAACGCACCUACCGCUAAAAUAGAGAAAGUUAAACGCCCUUCCAUAUCAGCAGCUGGUACUAGUGAGGAAUGGUCAUACUUCAUGUCAAGAUGGUCCGAAUACGUCAGCGCCACUAAGAUUGAAGGCCGUGACAAAGUUGUUCAGCUCUUGGAAUGCUGUGACGAACCCCUCAGGAAAGACCUCACACGAUCUACUGGAGGCAGUCUCACAGAUAAAACUGAGGAAACUAUACUUUCAGCCAUCAAAAAACUUGCUGUACGCGAAGAAAACACGAUGGUGGCUAGGGUCACUCUCCAUAAUAUGCGUCAAGACAGGGAUGAACCAGUGCGUAAUUUUAGUGCUAAACUUCGUGGGCAAGCAGGAGUCUGUAAAUUUGUAAUCACAUGCCCCAACUGCAAUCAUGAGGUAAAUUACACUGACACUAUAGUUCGUGAUGUACUUGCACGAGACAUAGCUGACCCUGACAUUCAACUUGACCUCCUCGGGGACAAAAACCAAAACAUGACUUUAGAGGAAGUCACCCAAUUUGUUGAAGCCAAGGAAGCAGGAAAACGGUCUGCCUCUCGACUAUUAGACACAAACGCUGCAGCAACUACUAGCUGUUAUAAGAGGACAAAGCAAAUAGCACUGAAGGACAAGAAUGAAACAUGCUCCUACUGUGGGAAAAAAGGUCAUGGCAGACAUGCACCAGCUCGUACCCGCAAAACAGAAUGUCCUGCCUAUGGUCACAAGUGCGGACAUUGCAACAAGGACCAUCACUUAGAGGCUCUUCGUCGAAGCAAAGACAAGGAAAAACUCCCUACAGCCUCUACAGACACCCACAGCUAUGAAGGUGGUGUAUUUGAAUCCCUCUGUGUCCUAUCCGACAUCACCUCCAAUCACCACUCAAACAAAUCAAUCGCAUUAGAUCAUCAUCUUUAUGACCAUCUAUCAGACACAUGGAUCAGAAAGCGUUCCAAACCUCAACCAUUCAUCAAUCUUAUUAUCAAAUCCUUACCUGAGGACCACAAAGCACUGGGUUUCUCAUUGAAUGCACCACAAAGAACCAUAAAACUCCCAGCUAUGGCCGACACAGGAUGUCAGAGCUGCCUGGCAGGAAUUAAGGUUAUCCACAAACUGGGACUUACAAAAUCUGACCUCAUUCCAGUGACAAUGAAGAUGCAUGCUGCCAACAAUAGGGGCAUUACAAUCCUCGGAGCAACCAUCCUUCUCAUAUCUGGAAUAGACAACCAUGGCAAGCCAGUCGAGACCAGGCAAAUGACAUAUGUGACUGACAAUUCUGAUAAACUAUUCCUUAGUAGAGAAGCUUGUGUUGCACUUGGAAUCAUUCCAGACACUUUCCCUUCAAUUGGUAACUGCAGUGAAAAUAUGAUUACAACAGAUUCACCUCAGGAGACACAAAACUGCCAAUGCCCAACGCGACAGCCGCCACCACCACUUCCAAGAACACUCCCAUUUGCAGCAACAGACAACAAUCGACUUAAACUCCGUGAUUUCCUACUGAACCACUACAGGUCCAGCACUUUCAACACUUGUGAACACCAAGCCCUACCACUAAUGAGAGGACCUCCAAUGCGUCUGAUGGUGGAGCCUGACGCCAAACCUGUUGCUCACCAUACACCUGUUCCUGUUCCGAUUCAUUGGCAAGAGGAAGUCAAGGCAGGACUGGAUCAAGAUGUACAACUCGGAGUCAUAGAGCCUGUACCUAUCGGCGAAGCUGUGACAUGGUGCCAUAGAAUGGUUGUGUGUGCAAAGAAAAAUGGCAAACCUCCCCACACCGUAGACUUUCAACCUCUCAAUGCAUACGCUACCCGUGAAACCCAUCACACCCCCUCGCCAUUUCACCAAGCAAGACUUGUCCCUCACGACACAAGGAAAUCAGUUUUAGAUGCCUGGAAUGGAUACCACAGUGUUCCCAUCCAUCCAGAUGACCGACAUCUUACAACAUUCAUAACACCUUGGGGCCGAUAUCGCUACAAGACUGCUCCACAGGGAUAUAUUGCUUCCGGCGACGGCUACACCAGAAGAUAUAACGAGAUCGUUGCACACAUACAAAACAAAACUAAAUGCAUUGAUGAUGUUCUGCUUUGGGCCAAUUCCCUUGAGGACAGUUUCUUUCAGGUCGCACAGUGGCUAGACAUUUGUGGACGAAAUGGCAUUACCCUCAAUCCAGAGAAAUUCCAGUUUGCACAAGACACUGUUGACUUUGCAGGCUUUGAAAUCUCUUCAAACAGUGUCCGUCCAUGCGCGAAAUACUUCAAUGCCAUCAUGGAUUUCCCAACCCCUCAAAACAUAACUGACGUACGCUCUUGGUUUGGACUUGUUAAUCAAGUUUCAUAUGCAUUCAGCAUGGCAGACAAGAUGACUCCUUUCCGACAGCUACUCAAACAUAAUGCACCAUUUGAAUGGAGCACCGAACUUGACAAUCUCUUCCAAAUUUCAAAAAAGGCUAUCAUCAAAGAGAUCGAGCAUGGGGUGAAAAUAUUUGAUCGCAGCAAACCUACUUGCUUAGCUACAGAUUGGUCAAAAACUGGUAUUGGAUUUUGGCUGUUCCAAAAACAUUGCACUUGCCCUGGACGAGAACCUUUUUGCUGCACAUCAGGCUGGAAAAUCACACUUGUAGGAAGCAGAUUCACCCACCCAGCGGAAUCAAGAUAUGCACCCAUAGAAGGUGAGGCCCUGGCUGUCGCAGAUGCCCUAGAUAAGGCCAGAUACUUUGUCCUUGGAUGCGACAAUCUCAUCAUCGCUGUAGAUCACAAGCCACUUUUAAAAAUACUUGGAGACAGAUCCCUAGAGGACAUUCCAAAUUCCCGCCUCCGAAACCUCAAGGAAAAAACACUACGUUACCGAUUUCGUGUAACCCAUAUACCAGGUGUGAAGCACCGUGCAGCUGACUGCCUCUCACGCCACCCAGCAGGAAAAUCUGAGCAACUGAAACUACCUGAUGACAUAGCUUCUAUUAGCUAUGCUCUUCCACCAUCUCAUUUCCUUGCUGGUAUACGUUCCAAUGAUGAUCCUGACAACAUGGAAGAUAACUUAGUUGCUGCAGCAAGCACAACACUCAGCUCUCUAUCCAUUCAAUCAGUCACGUGGGACAGAGUCCGCAUAGCCACUACAAGUGAUGUCAACAUGCAUCAACUACUUCAGCUCAUUGAAUCAGGCUUGCCUGAGUCCAGGCAUGAGUUUCCCCCUGCCCUACGGGAAUACUUUCAGUUCCGUGAAUACCUCCACUCUUUAGAUGGAGUCAUUCUAUAUAAGGACCGCAUUGUUAUACCCCCCUCCCUUAGGCAGGAGAUCCUUUCAGUCCUACACUCUGCCCACCAAGGAGUAACUGCAAUGAUCUCAAGAGCUGAAGUCUCCGUCUUCUGGCCAGGAAUCACACCUGAUAUAACUUCUGUUCGUGCACAGUGUAUUCAGUGUAAUCGCAUUGCACCUUCCAACCCCAGUGCUCCACCAACCCCUCUCAUUUCUCCAGACUAUCCAUUCCAAUGCCUAUACGAGCUUGCAACAGAUGGCGGACCAGAAUUUACGGCUACAGCCACACGGCAAUUCAUGAAAGAUUGGGGUGUACAUCACCGAUUAUCAUCAGUCGCAUUUCCACACAGUAAUUGCCGAGCCGAAAUUGGAGCAAAGACAGUGAAGCGCCUUAUCUCAGACAACACCGCCCCUAAUGGUGACCUAAACACUGAUCUGUUCCAACGUGCUAUGCUCCAGUACAGGAAUACCCCUGACAGGGACACCAAGUUGUCUCCAGCCAUGUGUGUUUUCAACCACCCUAUCCGAGACUUCAUUCCAAUCCCACCAGGAAAAUACAAACCUCACAACACUUGGCAGGAGACUAUGUUUGCAAGAGAAGAGGCUCUUCGCAUCCGCCAUAUGCGCUCAGCAGAACGCUGGACAGAACAUACCAAGCGCCUCCCACCAUUGAUCAUUGGUGAUCACGUCCGCAUUCAAAAUCAAAUUGGUCCACAUCCCUUGAAAUGGGACAAAACGGGGAUCGUCAUUGAAGUCCGUCAGUUUGACCAAUAUGUCGUCAAAAUGGAUGGCUCUGGCAGAGUAACCACACGGAACAGAAAGUUCCUCAAAAAAUUUAUACCUGUGAAAUUACUUGAACCCACAAGGACCAUAGACACUGACUUACUUCACAAGACAGCAUAUAUGUCUCCACAGGUACAUAAUAAGGAGCUUCCUCAACACCAUGAUAAGGAGCCAGAUGCAAAGCCACUGUCAGACGACAUUGACAUACCACUAGUGCCAACCCAGAAAACCUCAAGACCUCGUUUCCUAGCAACUGACUCAUCUAUGGUUCCCGUCGAAAGAGAAGCACAUUCACCACUUUCCAAAUCGCCCGCAAAACACAGACCUGACAUGCAGGAGCAGACACCCUCAGAAAACCGACCAUCGUUUGUUGAUGGUAACAAUAUGGAGCCCCAAACUUGUCCCACACCACACCAUUCACCUCCUGCAGCUCAGAUGACACCACGCCGCUCCGGACGCACUACUCGCGCUCCAAAAUGGCAUGCUGAUUACGAAAUGAAUACCUGA